GAUUCUGUGGUCACAGUGCUAAAUUCAAGUUGGCCACUUUGGUCCACUGAUCGUAGAGCUUCUAGUGAAGUAAACAGAGAGAAUGGCUACUGUAACUCUAUUUCUCUGCUAUCUGUUGGGAAGUGUGUAUGGACAAACUUUGUUUCGAUUGGCGUCACCCACUGAGCCUCCUGAUACUGACCACACUGGAGAGAUUAUCUCAUUCUCUGAUGUUGGAUCAGGAGUUGCUACUAACCCACCAGCCUGGUAUUGCUACACCAACCCUGGUGGUGCAGCGUGGAAGCUCCCUAAUGGGGAUUCAUUGCCCGUAGUUGGCGACAGGGCUGCAGUUGGGAAUGAACUAUUCAUCAAUGGUGUUACUAAUCCUGAUGCAGUUGUUCUGCAUCGUGGUCCCACACACUUCAGUCCUGAUGGAGAACACUGCUGUGUGAGGAUUUCUCAAGGCCCUGCACAGAGGCUGCAUGUGUGUCACCUUCACUCCCUGCCCCACACUGAGUCCACUGUCUAAUGGAAUGAUCUCAUACAAUGCAGCCACCAACAUGGCCACCUACACUUGUGACACUGGGUACACCAUCAGUGGAGCUACUCUGAUAACUUGUAUGAGUGAUGGUACUAGUGCUGGUACCUGGUCUCCAACACCACCCACUUGUACAAUCGUCACCUGCCCUGCCCUAACCUCCCCUACCAAUGGAGCCUUGUCCACCACUAGUCGGGACUACCUCACUGUUGUUACAUACAGCUGCGAUACUGGCUACGUCCUCACUGGUAAUAGUGGUAGUACUGCUAGACAAUGUUUUGUUACUGGUCAGUGGUCAGGAGUGGCACCAACUUGUCCACCUGUUGACUGUGGACCUCUGACUAUUGCCAAUGGAGCAGUGGACACAUCCUUUGGAACCACCUUCAUGAUAACUGCUACCUACACCUGUAACACUGGAUACAACAUUGUUGGUAGUGAGAGCAGAACUUGUGUAGCAAGUGGAACAAGUGGAGUUUGGAGUUCAACUGCACCAACUUGUGAAAUUGUCAACUGUGGUUACCUGGACGCCCCCUCUAAUGGAGCAGUGGACACAUCCUCUGGAAGCACUUACCUCCAAAGAGCUACCUACACCUGUAACCAUGGGUACAAUCUGACUGGUGGAGAUAUGACCAGACUUUGCCAAAUUAAUGGACUGUGGAGCUCCAGUGAACCUGCCUGUGAAUUCAUUGUCCUGUCCAUUGGAGGCACUGUCUACACUAACAACACAGCUCUGUCCUUCUCCCUCAUUGGAGAGGGCUCUUCUGCCCUCACCUGUCACACUGAGCUAUCCACUUGCUGCAGGGAACAAGACAAACUUAAUGGAGGGGCUCUCGGAGGGUGGAGAGGACCAGAUGGGGUCAGUGUACCUUCAGAGGCUGCUAUUGGAACUACCGCUGAGGGAUUCUACGUUACCAGAGGCAUCAGCACUAUCAGCCUGAAUCGCCGUUGCAGUGAAACGAAUGCAGGAGGUGUCUACUGCUGCACUAUUCCCAGAGCUAGUGGUAUCACUCAAACAUUGUGUGUGAACGUGCAGGUUCUGCCAUCAGCAAGUACAUGCACUGAUGGACCUGCAAUUGCACUGGGAGUGUUGCUAGCUUUCUCUGUUGUUGGGAAUAUUGUGUUCAUAGCUUUACUGAUACUCAUAGUUGGAAGAAAACUUAUACCAGAAAGAAGUUAUCAUGAGACCUACAGGAAAAAACAACAGCCAGUUGUUUACAAAGCACCCGACAAGGUGGCCUGUUAUGAAGAUGUGAGCGAGCUGGGUGUGAGUGAGUGUCCAGCGUACGCACCCACUGAGUCAGGGGGUGGGCAAAGGAGAGAAGAAGAUCGUAUCUAUGACAAUUAUUAUAAUUACCAUGUUUGUUUACCUCCCUGUCCCACACUGAGUCCUCUGUCUAAUGGAAUGAUCUCAUAUGAUGCAACCAACAACAUGGCCACCUACACCUGUAACACUGGGUACACAAUCAGUGGAACCAUAAAUAGAAGAGUAAUUGCAAUAACUUGUAUGAGUGAUGGUACCUGGUCUCCAACACCACCCACUUGUACAAUCGUUACCUGCCCUGUCCUAACCUCCCCUACCAAUGGAGCCUUGUCCACCCCUAACCUCAACUACCAAGGCAUUGCUACAUACAACUGUGAUACUGGCUACGUCCUCACUGGUAAUGCUGCUAGACAAUGUCUUGCUAAUGGUCUGUGGUCAGGAGUGGCACCAACUUGUCCACCUGUUGACUGUAGACCACUGACUAUCGCCAAUGGAGCAGUGGACACAUCCUCUGGAACGACCUUCAUGAUGACUGCUACCUACACCUGUAACACUGGAUACAACAUUGUUGGUAGUCAGAGCAGAACUUGUGGACCAACUGGAACAAGUGGAGCAACUACACUAACUGAUGGAGUUUGUAGUCCAGCUGCACCAGUUUGUGAAAUUGUCAACUGUGGUUCCCUGGAUGCCCCCUCUAAUGGAGCAGUGGACACAUCCUCUGGAACCACCUUCAUGAUGACUGCUACCUACACCUGUAACCCUGGAUACACUCUGACUGGAGAUAUGACCAGAACAUGUCAAGCUAGUGCAAUGUGGAGCUCCAGUGAACCUGCCUGUGAAUGGAACAAGACAACCUCAAUGGAGGGGCUCUUGGAGGGUGGAGAGGACCAGAUGGGGUCAGUGUACCUUCAGAGGCUGACUUUGGAGCAACAGCUGAGGGAUUCUACGUCACCAGAAAUGUCAGCACUAUCAGCUUGA